AUCCUCCUUCUAAUCCACAUCUCUCUCUCUCUAUCUCUAUCUCUGAGAGUUCAGCUUCAAACCACUGGGUCUGUAUUUUUGUUCAUAUUUGUGUGGCUAUCCUUGGAUUUUCUUGGUAUUAUCAAGCAUGGUUUUCUAACCAUGAAGGAGAAAAGCGGCUAAGCUACAGGCUACAUAUAGACCUUCUGCUUCUUCAGCUUCCAGUUUUUUCUUUAUCAUCUCUCACUCUUGUUUCUUCUGCUCUCUCAAAAACUAAACCUUGUCUCCUGGCUUGGUGCCAAACAAACAGGAAACAAACACCAUCAAGGUUUUAUCGUUGGAGGAUAAUUAUUUGCUCGCGCGCUCGCUCGCUCGCUCCAAAGAGUUACUAUUUUUUAAUCCACUUCUUUUCCUUCUGGGAUUUCAAAGACUUUCUGUGUAGAAAAAUUUCCCCUUUUGUUCUCCCCCCCCCCCCCAACAACCUCUCUCAUCAAAGUAUAUGCAGAAUCUUAUAGCAGUGUAUCUUUUCCUUUUUUCGGUUUUGAGUGAGGGUUGUAUGUCCUUAGAUCCUAAAAAGUCAUAUAACAUAGGAGAAACCAAGAUCUAUAUGGCCAAUAACACAAGCUUCGGAUCCAAAAAAUUCCUGGCAUAAGAAAAUAUGAUGAAGGGUUUGAUGUUUCACCAGCAACAGCAACAAGUAGUGGAAGAAAACAUGUCUAAUUUGACUUCUGCGUCCGGUGAGGCCAGUGUUUCCUCAGGCAAUAGAAACGAAAUUGGUACCAAUUAUCCUCCUCAACAAUACUUUGCUUCAACACCAUCUCAAGCUCAGCCACAAGUGAAGAAAAAGAGAAACCUUCCCGGCAAUCCAGACCCGGAUGCUGAAGUGAUAGCCUUGUCUCCCAAGAGUCUGCUGGCAACAAACAGGUUCAUCUGUGAGAUCUGCAACAAAGGGUUUCAAAGGGACCAGAAUCUUCAACUUCACCGGAGGGGGCACAAUUUGCCAUGGAAGCUGAAGCAGAGAACAAACAAAGAGGUGAGGAAGAAGGUGUAUGUGUGCCCAGAAGCCACGUGCGUGCACCAUGACCCAGCAAGGGCACUUGGGGACCUUACUGGGAUAAAGAAGCACUUCUGCAGAAAGCAUGGAGAGAAGAAGUGGAAAUGUGAUAAGUGCUCCAAGAGAUAUGCAGUUCAAUCAGAUUGGAAAGCUCACUCCAAGACAUGUGGCACAAGAGAGUACAGAUGUGACUGUGGAACCCUCUUCUCAAGGAGAGACAGUUUCAUAACACACAGGGCCUUCUGUGAUGCAUUGGCAGAGGAGAGUGCAAGAGCAAACCCACUUGUUCCCUCUCAAACACCCAGUUCUUCAUCAUCAGCAUCUCACAUACUGAAUAUCCAAACCCAGCUCAACAAUAAUCCCCAUCAUCUCCAUUCUCUACAACUGAAGCAAGAGCAUCAACAAAGCUUCAACCUCAGGCCAGAAAUACCUCCUUGGCUAGCCUGUCCUCCUCCCCCUCUAGCUCCUGGUCCAUCCACCACUGAUCUCUCAUCCCCAUCAUCAUCUUCAAUGUUCACCACAAGAUUCGAUCGGGACUUUUCACGAGCACCUCACGGGCAAGAUCUGAGCCUCCAUGAAAACCCUAACCCUACUAACCUUGGCCCCACCCUCCCUUCUGCUUACCAACCAGCGCCUUCCCCGCACAUGUCAGCAACAGCCUUGCUGCAGAAAGCAGCCCAAAUGGGUGCAACCAUGACCAAAACUGCACCCAUGACCAAAACUGGCUCUUCCAAUACAACACCAGCCAUGAUUAGGACCCACCACCAGACUCACGUGCCUCAUCCUGCUUCUGACUCUGCUGCCACCAAUUCAAUCUCAAGUAGUGGUCAUUUUGGUUUGAAUUUGUCAUCACGUGAAUCUGCAGUGCUACUCCCUCCUUCUGCUCCUUCUGCUACUACUGCUGCUGCUGCUGCUUCUUCCUCAGGUGUUCCUCCUCCUCCUCCCUUUCUUCUUCACGAUGUUAUGAGUUCUUUCUCUGCUACUUCUGGCGGGUUUGAAGGAACGUCUUUUGAGGAUGCGUUUGGUGGGAUUUUGAACUCGAAGAAUAAAGAUGAAAGCUUUCUUGAUACCCUUAAAAAGACGACCACCCCCGUCGGCCAUCUCAGUGGCGCCGCCGAUGACGGUGGUGGGAAAGAAGGUUUGACGAGAGAUUUCUUGGGCCUUAGACCUCUCUCUCACAACGAGAUUCUCAGCAUUGCUGGAAUUGGGAACUGCAUGAACCCCACCACCUCCCAUGAUCAACAGAAUCAAUCCCAAAACUCAUGGCAAGGUUAGCUCCUACAUAUAUAUUUAUAUAUAUAUAUAUAUGUAUGGAUAUUUUCUUCUUUUUCUCAUUAAUAUAUAAUUUGAAUUUUUCUUCAAUAUUUUAUUUUAUCUGUCAAUCUUCCCAAAGGGAAGCAGGAGUAGAAACCCUUCACUAUCUCAAGAUUUUCAUUCCUUUAAGCGAAGUUAUUUUUAAAGUAAUUUUCUUCAUUUCAGUGUUUGCACGUAAUUUCACAUUCUGUUUAUAGAUUAACAUAAAAAGCCUAAAUUAUGAUGCUCUCUUCCUCAAACA